AGAGAAAAUGGAUAUUCUCGACGAUUUGAUGGAGAAAUAUGGCGAUUCUUGGUCUCAGAGUAAUGUGUCAAGGAAGCGUGAUCAAAAGUCGAAACAGCCGACGAAGCCGUACGAACGCGUCGAAGCACUGAAGAAACACUUGCUGCGAUGUGAGGAGCGGGAAAAGCGUGCUCAUCAAGUGGUGGAAAAUCUUCUCAAGCCAGGUAUCAGCGAGGAUUUUAUGCUCUCCGAGGUUCGACAUAUUGCCCAAAAUCACUUCGAGGAUAUCACAGAAGAACGGGCAUACGUUGAGAAUCUUUGUGGUUACCCUCCAUGUCACAAGUGCUUGGGAAGUAUUCCGAAACAGGAUUAUAAAAUAUCCGGUCGGCUGCGAGCCAUCUUGAAUAUCAAGGAACGAAAGAAAUACUGCUCAAGUCAUUGCUAUCGAUCCGCGGAAUUCAUCAAACAGCAACUCGAUACAAGUCCAGUUUGGCUUCGCGAUGAAAAUGAUUUCGAAGGACGAUUGAAGCCAUACAAACUUCGUAUAUACGAUGAAUUUAGAGACAAGAACGCAGUUCCACGGCUAGCUGAGAAAUUCAACGUAACCGUGGAUGAUUUGGAAAUGGAACCCGAGAAACCAAUGACGACUGUAAAAAGAACUGCUAAAAAUCGACUCAUGUCUGCGUGUAAUUCCGUGCGAAUGAAAGAAAUGAUGAAUUACGUAGACAGUGAUGACGACGAAGACGUGGAAAACCCUCGUGAAUGGAUGGAUGAAGUUUGGAAAGCAUUUUCCGAAUGGUUCACAAUUGCCUCGGGGGCGCAUCUUUUCGGAGGACGAGACCGAUUUUUCGAAUUCCUUCGGAAAACAUGUCGGAACGAGGUAGAAUUGCGACAGUUGGAAGACGAAGUUACUAUAAUCAGUUUCAACCAACUAUCAUUGGAGAAAAAAUUAGAAAAUCACCCUGAAGCGCCUUCGGUGACUCCAGAAGCCCUCGCAAAAAUCAGAGCUUUCUACAGUGGGAAUCUCUACGAAUGCGACCUUGAUCCUUGCAAUUUAGAGAACACGCUUGAUUCUGAUACUGUACCUGUGAUGGUUCCCGUACUUCCGGAGAAGAACCCUUCUUUUGCGAGGCGUCAGAUAUUUUGCGACAAGGUAGCCAAGAAUGGAAUGGUGGAUUUUUGCGGGAACCUGAAGAUCUCUUGGAUCGCCGUUGUGCCCGAACUUUCUGCACUGGCGCAAACCCUGAACCUUACCAGUGCAAACGUAUGUCUUCAAGCGAGGCAGUGGGAAUACGUGGCAUUGAUUUUGAUGCGCUUGUUGAAGGAAAGAUCGUCUGAUUUGAGAGAAGCGUGGGAUGCCUGUGAAGCCUCGUCUAAAAUACGUUUCACCAUCGAAAAUUUUACUUUUGGGACUGAAGAUAUUCUUGAAGUGGAUCGUCAGAUCGCGAAAGGGAUGCGGAAAUGUCUUCUGAAGGACUCGUGAUUUUAUGAUUUAUGGAGUGAUCCUUAUUAAUUCUAAACCAUUCUUUACUUUUUUAUAACCGGAGAAAUGAAAACUUGGUUCGAUUGAAA